CCAACACUGCGAUUUGCAUAAAAUCCUCACUCCAAUGUCACAGCCUCAUGCGGGAUCUGAGUCUUCGUGACAGGAACAAAAAAGGUAAAGGUAAUCAAACGAUUUUACUUUUCGAUGAUACCUGAAAUGUAGUUAACUUUAUUAGUGUUAUUUUCAGUGUUCUAAUGGGCUACUGUUACUGUAGAUUCCCCUGUAGUUAUUUUGGAAAUGGAUGGUGUAACUAACAGCUAGCUAGCUAGCCAACGUUGGCAGCCAGAGGAUCGACAACAUGUUAUCCCUUGGCGCUUUGCUAAACUGUAAACAGUCGCUGUAGCAGCUGGGGCACUAUGCAAAGUGUGAAUAUCAUCGUUGACAGUGCAAGACCAUAUGGGCAAAAACAUAAACAUCUAGCUAGUAACUUGAUAUGAUAAUAAUACCGUUGUAUCUUUUUCCCAGGACAGACACCGGAAGAGGAUGAUGUUUACGUCGACCCUAGCUCUUCUGGGCCUCAGCCUGGGACUGGUGGUUAAUGCUUUCCCCACACAACAGCCUGAAAACGGGAAGAACUGGGUGGUGAUUGUCGCUGGCUCCAAUGGCUGGUACAACUACAGACACCAGGUAAGAGAGUGAAGUUAGGCUAGUACAUUUUUGAAAUCCGUUAACAAAUGUACACUUGACUUUAUCAGUUGAGUGAGUGUUUGUUGUAAUCUGUUACCAAUGGUUGCAUCCCUAAUGACAGCCUAUUCACUUUUAUAGUACACGACUUUUGAUAAGGACAUAAGUAUUACACUAAUAUAGGGAAAAUUGUGCUAAUCGGGACAUAUUAUAGUUUAUCAGUAUUUGGUGUAUUUGACCAAUUUAACUUUAUCCGACUAGACUUGGAGGACGACUUUCCCUGUUAUUGAUUGGUGAUAAGAGGGACUAUACAUACAUAGCUGUCAUUGGCCACUAUUCCUAAUGUAGCUAGUGCUUUUUAACAUUGUAUCAAGCAGUGAUGUGUCCUGUUAGUAAUGGAUAGAUGCUGUGAUAGAUCAUUUUGUUGACUUUUACUUGAUUUGUUGAAUGACUUGACGUGUUCCUGGUUACUGCACUGUAAAUUGACAUCAUCAGUAAACAAUAAUACAUUCUAACUCCUCCCUCGCGAUUUCAUUUCAAUAAUGUGAGUAGUGAGGUGAUUUUUUUUUUUCCCGACAUACGUUGUGUCCCCUCCCUAGGCCGACGCUUGCCACGCGUACCAGAUCGUCCACAAGAAUGGCAUCCCUGACGAGCAGAUUGUUGUGAUGAUGUAUGAUGACCUGGCGACCAAUGAGGAGUGAGUAUUCUAUCCAUCAAUUUUGUGUUGUCCACCUUGUCUGCUUAGUUCUUCACCUUAACAAUGUCCUAGGGUUGAACUAUAUAUAUAUAUAUAUAUAUAUAUAUAUAUAUAUUUUUUUUUUUUAUGUAAUCAACUGUAGAUUAUGCAAUGAAGUACUACACAUUGUCCUUUACAGGUUUAUAAAUGCCGACAGACACACACCAAGCCCUAUCAACUCUUCAGAUUUAGCCAGCUUCAGUCUGUUAUUAUGGGUUUGUUCUGCUAUAUUUGCAUUCCUGUGACGAGAGCAGAGCAUAUAUCAUCCUUAUUUUGGGUGCACGACGAUGGGCCUAAACCAUUUCCUCAUAGUGCGGUGGCGUGCGGACAGCAGCCAGGCCCUGUGCUUCUAGAAGUGGAAGCUCUCGGACACGCUGUCCACUAAACCGUUUUGAGUAUUUCUCAAAAGGCACCCUAUUCCCUAUAUAGUGCACUAGUUUUGACCAGAGCCAUGUGGGACCCUGGUCAAAGGUAGCACACAAUUUUAAAUGAAUAGUUUUACCAUUUGGAAGGCGGGCGGUUUAGAAGCUCCUUGAGACACAACUGACUGUCAGUCACAAGGUUCUAAUUUAGCUGCUCUUCUCUCACUGGGAAUUAUGGUGGCUAGAUGGGAGACAUGAGGUUUAGGGUUUUAAGGUGGAAGGCAAUUAUCUAAUAAAAAAAAAAAUUUUUUUUUAAAUGGUGUUCUCUCUCUAAUUGUUCAGUAGCUAGUAGCAACAUCAGUCAUUGGUAAUUCAUAAGCAGUUAUUGGAGCUGUUCAUCUGUCAAUGACUGAAACACAUUUUUGAAAUUGAGGAAAGUACUUGUCUUACUGUAAUCACUAGAUAGACAUUUACUAUUUUACUGACCUACUUUGAUGCAGGAGGUGUCUUAAUGUAGGUAAAAAUCUAAAUGUUCUCAUAUUUGGAUUUUUACUGUAUAAAAAUGCUGUUUUUUUUUUUGUUUUAUCACUUUAUUGAUCCUGUAAUAUUAACUGCAUCUAGGGUCUGCUGGGAUGUACAGUUAAUAUUUAACUCUGAAUCGAAAACAAACAGAAUCAUGUGAUGCUUAUGUCUUGUGCAAAAGUGGUUUUCAGUAUGUUUGAAUUGGACUACUGUAUGAGUAAAAUAUAGCGUGAUUCCUGUCAUUGGAGGGUAGAGGAAGUGCUACUGUGGGUUUAAUAAAGAUCUAAUUUUUGUAGUUGCUAUUCACAAUCAUUCCAAACUGUCACGCAAGCUUUACCGUCACAGACCAUUAUAGUACUGAAUAUUACACUACCAAUGUGUAUUGUGAUAGAAUACAUGUUUUGCCAUUCCGAAUGCCAAGACUGUACACUGCAACUUUAUUUGUCCAACGUUAUAUAUCAGAAAAUGUGUCUUCUGCUCGGUUCUCAAACACGCACGAGCACAGGUUAGGCCACAUUACACCUCCCCAGAGCUAGUUAUGGGGUGAAGGGCCUUGCUUAAGGGCACAGUGGAAGGGGGUGUAGAGUUGUGUCCUGUAGGGUUCUGCAGGUCAUGUAGUAAAUUGUCUGCCCUGUGUUGCCUCCAGGCAUGUAUCUGAUUCCUGUUAUUUAACCUGUUUGUUUUCAGGAACCCCACCCAAGGGGAGGUGAUCAACAGACCCAAUGGGACAGACGUUUACAAGGGAGUCCCCAAAGACUACACUGGAGAGGUGAGUGGAUGGAACAUAUCAAAAGCCUUUUUUUUUCCUUCUGUGAACGGCGCUAAUAUCAUUGCAUAAACUAUCAACAACAAUCAAUGCUUUUUUUUUUUAUACAGUACUGUUAAAAUGUUCAAGAAGUUGAGACCCCUUUUAUUCAAGUUGCGCACAUUCAUCUCAAGUCAGAAUACUGCCCUCAGUGCCUGCUCUCUGCCUGUGUAUCCUGCAGGCUGUGACCCCUAGCAACUUCCUGGCCGUGCUGAAGGGUGACUCUGACAGUACCAAGGGGGGUUCUGGGAAAGUGCUGAAGAGGCAAGUGAUGAGAUGGAGGCGGGGCGGGGGGGGUUGGAAUAUAUCAUGGCAAUGCCACAGUAGGAUGAUGUUAUUCCAAAACGUUAAGGUAGACCUCUAAAAUGACAUGGGAAAAUCAUUGUUACAACAACAAUAUAUUGUUGCAAAGUUUCUGGACAGAAUGUUCCAUUGUUUUCUAGGGGGAAGUUUUCAGUCUCACAGCUUGUAUUGACUUAGAAAUGUGAUUGUGUCAUAUCUUUUCAGUUCAAAGAAAAACACCUGGUUUAUCAACUUGUUUUUCUCUUCCUGUUGGCAGCGGUCCCAACGAUCACGUGUUUGUGUACUUCACUGAUCACGGAGCUCCUGGGCUGCUGGCCUUCCCUGACGACGACGUAAGCUCUUUUACACUUCCUGUUCGUCUGCCAGAUUUUAGUCUCUGAACACUUGCUAGUUGGCAGAAAUGGCACCCUAUCCUCUGGCCAAAAGUAGUGCACUAUAUAGGGAAUAGCCCAAUGCAUCACUGGGGCCAAGCUUCCUGCCAUCCAGCACCUAGAUACUAGGCGGUGUCAAUCUGUCAACGACUUCAGUCACAGACUGUUCUCUCUGCUACCGCACGGCAAGCGGUACCGGAGCGCCAAGUCUAGGACAAAAAGGCUCCUUAGAUGUACAAAUUACCUCGACUAACCUGUACCCCCGCACAUUGACUCGGGACCGGUACUUCCUGUAUAUAGCCUCGUUAUUGUAUUGUUACUUUUUAUUUUUUUAUUUAGUUUAUUUAAUAAAUAUUUUCUGAACUCUAUUUCUUGAACUGCAUUGUUGGUUAAGGGUUUGUAAGUAAGCAUUUCACGGUAAGGUCUACACCUGUUGUAUUCGGCGCAUGUGACAAAUAAAAAUGUAUUUGAUUUUGGACAGAGCCUUCCUUGUCUGUCCAUGGAUGGAUGGAUGGAUGAUCUAGUUCUGCCCUGUGACAUAGAAAGUUCAAAUAUAUGGCAGCUAUCAUUGAGAACAGUUUAUGGGUUAGGGUUAUGAUCAAAAAGAUCUCUUAUUUAAGCCUGGUUGAAUAAACCUCAUGUUCUCUCACUCAGCAGAAAGUUUUGUGGGAGAGACUGAGUCACUGAACAAGACAAGGAUACUCCUCCCUAGAUUGCCCAAGGCCUUGUGUGGAUCUUGUGACUGACUUGUGGCUAGAUCACAUGGGGUCUAGUGCCUCUUUUGGGUUUGAAGUGAACAUGCAUGUUGACGUACUGGAUGGAAAAACAGAAAUGAACCUAUUUUAUUGUGAAUUAAAUGUUUUUUUUUCUUUCUACAGCUUCAUGUUGCCGACCUCAUGGCUGCCAUCAACUACAUGCGUGAGAACAAGAAAUACCAAAAGGUGCGGAAGUUAAACUUGUUAUUGUUUGUGGUCGUGGAGGGCCAAUCACAUGUUCAGACUUUCUCCAGUCGUAGUAAAUAAUUUUGGUCUAAGACCAAAGGUAUUUAUAAUUGGUAGAGCAUGGCGCUUGCAACGCCGGGGUUGUGGGUUCGAUUCCCACGAGGGGGGGCAGUAUGAAAAAUGUAUGCACUCACUUAACUGUAAGUCGCUCUGGAUAAGAGCGUCUGCUAAAUGACGUAAAUGUAAUGAUAGAUUCUGCUGACUGGCCCUUUUCCUUCCGUGCGCUCGCGCAGUUGGUGUUCUAUAUCGAGGCCUGUGAGUCUGGAUCGAUGAUGACCAAACUGCCUGCUGACAUCGAUGGUGAGUUGCUCUGCACUUGAACCUCCCCGUGACUCUAAUCGCUUUCCAGGAACUAGCCGAACCACUGAUAAUAAAAACUGGUCAAUCAAUAACGAUAUCAGGGGCACUUGGGGGGAACAGUGAACGCUGUUAUCUUCAAGUAGAUUUCUGUAAGCGUCUGCCUCCGGUGCCAAAGGUUGCAUGUUCGAAUCCAGUGGUGGAAAUUUUUUUUUUUUUUUUAGAGAUUUUUGUUUUAACCCUUACCUUAACCAUUCAGAGUUAAUACCUAACCUUAAGAUUUUGGGAGUUGAUGCCUAAACUUACCUCUAACCUUAAACUUCGGAGUUAAUGCCUAAGCUCAACGUUAAAUACUUCAUGUCUGGUCACCCUGAACAGAGCUGUUUUUGGCUGCUCACAAAAACACGCUCCGGGGUGAACUUUCCCUAGGUAUAGAUCUAGGAUCAGCUUCCCUUCUCCCAAUCCUAACCUUAAUAAGUAGAGGGGAAAUGCAAAACUUACCCAGGAUCAGCGUCUAGGGGCAACUUCAACCUACUCCCCAACUCAGCCCUUGUUAAGGGAUGGUCUGGGUAACGGUCUGUUCAGGCGGCCAUUAGUCUUCAUACAAGCAGAUGGUAGCUACAUUGUGUUGGAGUAUUUUGUUGUCACUGAUUGUGUGAACAGACCCUAAGGAGAGGAUGGUCUGUGUUGGUUAUUGUCAUGCUCUGGUCCACAGUCCUUCUAGAUCCUUCUCUCCCUAGUCUACUCUGUCUGGUGAUUCUCUCCUUACUCCCUGAUAGACUCUAAUCCUUCUCUCCUAGUCUUUCCGCUGGACUAAUCCUUCUCUCCCUAGUCUACUCCGUCUGACAGACUUCUAGAUCUUCUCUCCUAGCCUUCCGUCUGGAUAGAUCCUUCUAGAUCCUUCCCUCCCAUCUACUCCGUCCGUAGAUCUUUCUCCCUAGUCUUUCCGUCUGGAUAGAUCCUUCUCUCCUAGUCUUUCCGACUGGACUAGACCUUCUAGAUCUUCCUCCCUAGUCUUCUCCGUCUGGACUAGAUCCUUCUCUCCUAGCUCUCCGUCUGGACUAGAUCCUUCUCUCCCUAGUCUUCUCCGUCUGGGCUAGAUCCUUCUAGAUCUUCUCUCCCAGUCUUCUCUGUGUCUGGACUAGAUCCUUCUCCCAGUCUACUCCUCUGGACUAGAUCCUUCUCUCCUAGUCUACUUCCGUCUGGACUAGAUCCUUCUCCCUAUCUUCUCCGUCUGGACUAGAUCCUUCUCUCCCUAGUCUUCUCCUCUGACUAGAUCCUUCUAGAUCCUUCUCUCCCUAGUCUUCUCCUACUCCUCGGACUAGGAUCCUUCUCUCCCUAGUCUUCUCCGUCUGGACUAAUCUUCUGAUCCUUCCUCCCUAGUCUUCUCCGUCUGGACUAAUCCUUCUAGAUCCUUCUCUCCCUAGUCCUUCUCCGUCUGGACUAGAUCCUUCUCUCCCUAGUCUUCUCCCGUCUGGACUAGAUCCUUCUCUCCCUAGUCUUUUCCGUCUGGACUAGAUCCUUCUCUCCCUAGUCUUCUCCGUCUGGACUAGAUCCUUCUCGUCCCUAGUCUUCUCCGUCUGGACUAGAUCCUUCUCUCUCCUAGUCUUCUCCUCUGGACUAGAUCCUUCUCUCCCUAGUCUUCUCCGUCUGGACUAGAUCCUUCUCUCCCUAGUCUUCUCCGUCUGGACUAGACUUCCUUCCUAGUCUCUCCUCGACUAGUCUCUCUUCCGUCUGGACUAGAUCCUUCUCUCCCUAGUCUCUCCGUCUGGACUAGAUCCUUCCUCCCUAGUCUACUCCGUCUGGACUAGAUCCUUCUCUCCCUAGUCUACUCCGUCUGGACUAGAUCCUUCUCUCCCUAGUCUACUCCGUCUGGACUAGAUCCUUCUCUCCCUAGUCUACUCCGUCUGGACUAGAUCCUUCUCUCCCUAGUCUACUCCGUCUGGACUAGAUCCUUCUCUCCCUAGUCUACUCCGUCUGGACUAGAUCCUCUCCCCCUAGUCUCUCCGUCUGGACUAGAUCCUUCUCUCCCUAGUCUUCUCCGUCUGGACUAGAUCCUUCUAGAUCACUUCCUCCUAGUCUCUCCGUCUGGACUAGAUCCUUCUCUCCCUAGUCUUCUCCGUCUGGGACUAGAUCCUUCUAGAUCCUUAUCUCCCUAGUUCUUCUCCGUCUGGACUAGAUCCUUCUCUCCCUAGUCCCUCCGUCUGGGAACUAGAUCCUUCUCUCUCCUAGUCUUCUCCGUCUGGACUAGAUCCUUCUUCCUUCUCUCCUCUAGUCUACUCCGUCUGGACUAGAUCCUUCUCUCCCUAGUCUUCUCCGUCUGGACUAGAUCCUUCUCUCCCUAGUCUUCUCCGUCUGGACUAGAUCCUUCUCUCCCUAGUCUUCCUGUCCUCUCCCUAGUCUCCGUUGACUAGAUCCUUCUAGAUCCUUCUCUCCCUAGUCCUUCUCCGUCUGGACUAGAUCCUUCUCUCCUUCUCCGUCUAUGUCCUUCUCCCCUGUCUCGUUGACUAGAUCCUUCUUAGAUCUCGCUUCUUCUCUCCUAGUCUUCUCCGUCUGGACUAGAUCCUUCUCUCCCUAGUCCUUCUCCGUCUGGACUAGAUCCUUCUCUCCCUAGUCUUCUCCGUCUGGACUAGAUCCUCUUCUAGAUCCCUUCUUCUCUCCCUAGUCUUCUCCGUCUGGGACUAGAUCCUUCUCUCCCUAGUCUUCUCCGUCUGGACUAGAUCCUUCCUCCUAGUCUUCUCCGUCUGGACUAGAUCCUUCUCUCUCUCCCUAGUCUCUCCCGUCGGACUAGAUCCUUCUCUCCCUAGUCUUCUCCGUCUGGACUAGAUCCUUUCUAGUUCCUUCUUAUUCUCCCUAGUCUUUCCGUCUGGACUAGAUCCUUCUCCCUGUCCUCCUCUCUCUCUCCUUCUCUCCUAUGCCCUUCUUUCCCGUCUGGACUAGAUCCUUCUCCCUAUCUCUCGUCUGACUAGAUCCUUCUCCGUCUUCCGUCUGGACUAGAUCCUUCUCUCCCUAGUCUUCUCCGUCUGGACUAGAUCCUUCUCUCCCUAGUCUUUUCCGUCUGGACUAGAUCCUUCUCUCCUAGUCUUUCCGUCUGGACUAGAUCCUUCUCUCCCUAGUCUACUCCGUCUGGACUAGAUCCUUCUCUCCCUAGUCUACUCCGUCUGGACUAGAUCCUUCUCUCCCUAGUCUACUCCGUCUGGACUAGAUCCUUCUCUCCCUAGUCCUCUACUCCGUCUGGACUAGAUCCUUCUCUCCCUAGUCUACUCCGUCUGGACUAGAUCCUUCUCUCCCUAGUCUACUCCGUCUGGACUAGAUCCUUCUCUCCCUAGUCUACUCCGUCUGGACUAGAUCCUUCUCUCCCUAGUCUACUCCGUCUGGACUAGAUCCUUCUCUCCCUAGUCUACUCCGUCUGGACUAGAUCCUUCUCUCCCUAGUCUACUCCGUCUGGACUAGAUCCUUCUCUCCCUAGUCUACUCCGUCUGGACUAGAUCCUUCUCUCCCUAGUCUACUCCGUCUGGACUAGAUCCUUCUCUCCCUAGUCUUCUCCGUCUGGACUAGAUCCUUCUCUCCCUAGUCUUCUCCGUCUGGACUAGAUCCUUCUCUCCCUAGUCUUCUCCGUCUGGACUAGAUCCUUCUCUCCCUAGUCUACUCCGUCUGGACUAGAUCCUUCUCUCCCUAGUCUACUCCGUCUGGACUAGAUCCUUCUCUCCCUAGUCUACUCCGUCUGGACUAGAUCCUUCUCUCCCUAGUCUACUCCGUCUGGACUAGAUCCUUCUCUCCCUAGUCUUCUCCGUCUGGACUAGAUCCUUCUAGAUCCUUCUCUCCCUAGUCUACUCCGUCUGGACUAGAUCAGCACUUCUGUUUGCACAUAGUGUGCAAAGUCACUCUAAAGUCUACCCUGCCUCAAGUGACCGACAUCCCAUAACGUUGUAUUGUUACCCACAGGCCCAAGUCUUCACUGUCUACAGUACAACAGUAAACCAUGAUGAGCUUGAUGUUUCAUUACUACUUUUAAAACAUAUAUUUUGUUAUUGUUUAUAAUCAAUCAAGCUAUGGAUUUCCAACUGUAACAUUAUGUGAUGGUGUGUAAUCAGUGUUCUGGAUCCAUACAUCCUGUAUUAACGCUCUCACUUUUCCAUUGUCUGAAUCUCUCUGUCUGUGUCUGAUGAAUCUCUUUCUCUGUCUGUGUCUGAUGAAUCUCUUUCUCUGUCUGUGUCUGAAUCUCUCUGUCUGUCUCUGUCUGAUGAAUCUCUUUCUCUUUCUGUGUCUGAUGAAUCUCUCUCUCUGUCUGUGUCUGAAUCUCUUUCUCUGUCUGUGUCUGAUGAAUCUCUCUCUCUCUCUCCUUCAGUGUAUGCCACCACAGCAGCCAACUCUCAUGAGUCGUCUUAUGCUUGCUACUAUGAUGAGAAGAGAGAGACCUACCUGGGAGAUUGGUACAGUGUUAACUGGAUGGAAGACUCUGAUGUGGUGAGACUGGGACAAUGUUAACUGGAUGGAAGACUGAUGUGAGACUGGUACAAUGUUAACUGGAUGGGAGACUGAUGUGAGACUGGUACAAUGUUAACUGGAUGGAAGAAUGAUGUGAGACUGGUACAAUGUUAACUGGAUGGAAGAAUGAUGUGAGACUUCUGAUUCCUUAGAAAAAGCUGAAAACACACACGUAAACAAGAAUGUUUUUGAACAAUGUCCUCGAUAAACCACAAGUCUUUACUGAUUUUUGUAUUUCUGUUCCAAAAAAAAAAAAAGGACCUUUUUGGAUAUAGCCGUUUCUCCAAUGUGUUUGGCUCAAAAGGGGCAGAACGUCCUUAGCAACUCAAUGUUAUGUUUCUCCCUGACUGUUGUCCAGGAGGACCUGAGGAAGGAGACCCUGAUGAAACAGUUCAAGGUGGUGAAGAGCCACACCAACACCAGCCACGUCAUGCAGUUUGGAAACAAGGUGAGGGAUUCAGAGCGAAGACCUGGCUAAUUCCUGUUCAGAUGAGGAAUCACAUGAUGUUAUUGGGAAAUGGUUUAUCCACCAAGAUUUAGAUCUAAAAGUUUGUUUUUUAAAAGAGUUAACAAACCUCGAUUUCCACUUCUGUUCAGAUAGCCAAUGUUUAUUUGUUGCAAUAGACUGUUAAUGAACGAGACGGUAACAUGUUUGUGUGUUCUCCAGACUGGCCCGUAUGAAGGAGGAGGUUAAUUGUCUGUAUCUAUCUGUUCUCCAGACUCUGGCCCAUAUGAAGGUGAUGGCCUUCCAAGGUAAUGCCAAGGCCAACGCCCAGCCUGCCCCUCCCAUGACCCUGCAGCCUGUAGCGGACCCAGACUUGACCCCCAGCCCUGACGUACCCCUGGCCAUCCUAAAGAGGAAACUGAUGAGCACCAAUGACAUCACAGCAGCCAGGAAAUACCUCAGCCAGAUCAACUCACACCUCAAGGUAACGGACAGGAAAUGCGUUUACGUUUAAUUUUUUCUUGUAAUGUGUAUAUAGUAUUUUUUAUUUUUUUCCUAAUGAACCUGGGAUGUAUUCAUUCGGGAACACCGUAAGAGAAACCGAAAACAAGUGUUCCUCAGUGAAGUUCAGAUGGUACCUCUCCAUUUCGCUCUGUUCCGGAUCGUGCCUAAUGAACAUGACCCAGACUUUAUCAUAAGGUGCUUCUGUUAUUUCAUAAAAGUGGGGACCUUGGAGAACUGUUGUGAUUUUCCACUAGGCGCGUGAGCUGCUGGGAGAAACGAUGCGCCGGGUGGUAGAGAAGGUGACAGGAGACGAGACCGUGACCCAGAGGGUUCUGAGUGCCAAGCUGGACCUGACCCAGCACCAGUGUUACAAGGCUGCUGUCGGACACUACAAGACACAAUGCUUCAACUGGCACACCACCCAGGUACAGUCCUGUCUGUCUGGCACACCACCCAGGUACAGUCCUGUCUGUCUGGCACACCACCCAGGUACAGUCCUGUCUGUCUGGCGCACCACCCAGGUACAGUCCUGUCUGUCUGGCGCACCACCCAGGUACAGUCCUGUCUGUCUGGCGCACCACCCAGGUACAGUCCUGUCUGUCUGGCGCACCACCCAGGUACAGUCCUGUCUGUCUGUCUGGCGCACCACCCAGGUACAGUCCUGUCUGUCUGUCUCACCACCCAGGUACAGUCCUGUCUGUCUGUCUGGCGCACCACCCAGGUACAGUCCUGUCUGUCUGUCUGGCGCACCACCCAGGUACAGUCCUGUCUGUCUGUCUGGCGCACCACCCAGGUACAGUCCUGUCUGUCUGGCGCACCACCCAGGUACAGUCCUGUCUGUCUGGCACACCACCCAGGUACAGUCCUGUCUGUCUGUCUCGCCACCCAGGUACAGUCCUGUCUGUCUGUCUGGCGCGCCACCCAGGUACAGUCCUGUCUGUCUGUCUGGCGCACCACCCAGGUACAGUCCUGUCUGUCUGGUGCACCACCCAGGUACAGUCCUGUCUGUCUGUCUGGCGCACCACCCAGGUACAGUCCUGUCUGUCUGUCUGGCGCACCACCCAGGUACAGUCCUGUCUGUCUGUCUGGCACACCACCCAGGUACAGUCCUGUCUGUCUGUCUGGCACACCACCCAGGUACAGUCCUGUCUGUCUGGCACACCACCCAGGUACAGUCCUGUCUGUCUGUCUGGCGCACCACCCAGGUACAGUCCUGUCUGUCUGUCUGGCACACCACCCAGGUACAGUCCUGUCUGUCUGUCUCACCACCCAGGUACAGUCCUGUCUGUCUGUCACUUCACAGGAACUCAACCUAGAGCAACAAAUGGAACCCCUUCAUUUAUUUCAGGGUUUGUCCCAAGAUGACAACUGUCUCUAGUUGACAUUCAUUAGUCAGUUGAUUGUGGUGCUGUAGGUUUCUGUCUCUGAUGGGUGGAACUGUUGAUCUACUUCUUUUCCCCAGACUGUUACCCCAUAUGCUUCAGAGACUGAAUAACAGAAAUGCUUCAGAGACUGAAUAACAGAAAUACUUCAGAGACUGAAUAACAGAAAUACUCCACUAAAUAAAAACAACUCACAACCAUCAAAGCAUCUUUUACAGGUUUUAGAUGUUUUUUACUGUUUAAACUAGGCCUUUCCCUCACAUGACCAUGGGACUUUUUCUAACUUUUACAAAGUAUGACCGACACAACAGUGACUUCUGGACAGGAGAUGUGGGGGAAGUAGGAACAUUAUGACUUGCAUGUACAUUCCACUGUAUGUUGUGGUGUCUUGUUCUUGUGUUGCAGUAUGAGGAUGGAUCAGAGUACAGUAUAUAAUAAUAAUAUGCCAUUUAGCAGACGCUUUUAUCCAAAGCGACUUACAGUCAUGCGUGCAUACAUUAUUAUUUUUUUGGGUGUAUGGGUGGUCCCAGGGAUCGAACCCACUACCUUGGCGUUACAAGCGCCGUGCUCUACCAGCUGAGCUACAGAGGACCACAUAAAAGUUGUGGUGUCUUGUUAUUGUGUUGCAGUAUGAGGAUGGAUCAGAGUACAGUAUAUAAAAGUUGUUUUGUUAUUGUGUUGCAGUAUGAAUACGCUCUGCGGCACCUGUAUGCCCUGGUCAACCUGUGUGAGGGCGGAUACCCAACAGACAGGUAAUGUACCAGUCUCAUGUAGAAUUGGUGGAGUAAUGUGGACACCUUGUUGGAUGAAUAAUGAUGAGCGAGAAAGUUAGACUCACAAAUAUCAUACCCCUAAGACGUGCUAACCUCUCGCCAUUACAAUAACAGGGGAGGUUAGCAUUUUAUAUCAUACCCCUAAGACAUGCUAACCUCUCGCCAUUACAAUAACAGGGGAGGUUAGCAUUUUAUAUCAUACCCCUAAGACGUGCUAACCUCUCGCCAUUACAAUAACAGGGGAGGUUAGCGUUUUAUAUCAUACCCCCAAGACAUGCUAACCUCUCGCCAUUACAAUAACAGGGGAGGUUAGCAUUUUAUAUCAUACCCCCAAGACAUGCUAACCUCUCGCCAUUACAAUAACAGGGAAGGUUAGCAUUUUAUAGCAUACCCCCAAGACAUGCUAACCUCUCGCCAUUACAAUAACAGGGGAGGUUAGCAUUUUAUAUCAUACCCCCAAGACAUGCUAACCUCUCGCCAUUACAAUAACAGGGGAGGUUAGCAUUUUAUAUCAUACCCCCAAGACGUGCUAACCUCUCGCCAUUACAAUAACAGGGGAGGUUAGCAUUUUAUAUCAUACCCCCAAGACGUGCUAACCUCUCGCCAUUACAAUAACAGGGGAGGUUAGCAUUUUAUAUCAUACCCCCAAGACGUGCUAACCUCUCGCCAUUACAAUAACAGGGGAGGUUAGCAUUUUAUAUCAUACCCCCAAGACGUGCUAACCUCUCGCCAUUACAAUAACAGGGGAGGUUAGCAUUUUAUAUCAUACCCCCAAGACGUUCUAACCUCUCGCCAUUACAAUAACAGGGGAGGUUAGCAUUUUAUAUCAUACCCCCCAAGACAUGCUAACCUCUCGCCAUUACAAUAACAGGGGAGGUUAGCAUUUUAUAUCAUACCCCCAAGACGUUCUAACCUCUCGCCAUUACAAUAACAGGGGAGGUUAGCAUUUUAUAUCAUACCCCCCAAGACAUGCUAACCUCUCGCCAUUACAAUAACAGGGGAGGUUAGCAUUUUAUAUCAUACCCCCAAGACGUUCUAACCUCUCGCCAUUACAAUAACAGGGGAGGUUAGCAUUUUAUAUCAUACCCCCAAGACAUGCUAACCUCUCGCCAUUACAAUAACAGGGGAGAUUAGCAUUUUAUAUCAUACCCCUAAGACAUGCUAACCUCUCGCCAUUACAAUAACAGGGGAGGUUAGCAUUUUAUAGCAUACCCCCAAGACGUGCUAACCUCUCGCCAUUACAAUAACAGGGGAGGUUAGCAUUUUAUAUCAUACCCCUAAGACGUGCUAACCUCUCACCAUUACAAUAACAGGGGAGGUUAGCAUUUUUUGGGGGGGGGUAUGAUAUUAGUGCGUCAAACUUUCUCACUCAACAUUAUUCACAAUCCGUUCAGGACUAUCCGUAACCAUGGUAGCGUCCACAUUUUAAAUGUAGAAGUGUUUAGAAACAUGAUAUUCUUAUUUAUAAUAAAAGCGACUCCAAAAUGACACAAUAGAUUAUUCACCAUUUUAUUUCUAUUGGGCACAACAUAAUCUGAAACACAACCAAAACAAACAGCAAAAUGCAUCCAACAAAUGUCUAGAGUCACAAGCUUGAUGUAGUCAUUGCGUGCUUGGAAUAUGGGACCAAAUACUUAACUUUUUACUACUUUAAUACACAUAUAAGUGAAUCUGUCCCAAUACUUCUGGUCCCCUAAAAUGGGUUAACUGUGUACAGAAAGUGCUGUAAUUUAUAAACGGUUCACCCGAUAUGGAUGAAAAUACCCUCAAAUUAAAGCUGACGGUCUGCACUUUAACCUCAUAGUCAUUGUAUCAUUUCAAAUCCAAAGUUCUGAAAUACAGAGCCAAAACAACAAAACAUUUGUCACUGUCUAAUACUUUUUGAGCGCGCUUUGUGUAUGUGUAUAUAUAGUUGGAUAGGUGUGUGUGUGUGUGUACCCCGUUCAAAUGCACUUAAAUAUCUGAAUGUCACACAUACACAAUCCAUGUCUCAAGGCUUGAAAAUCUUCCUUUAACCUGUCUCCUCCCCUUCAUCUACUCUGAUUUUAUUUUUUAAGUGGAUUUAACAAGUGACAUCAAUAAGGUAUCAUAGUUUUCACCUGGUCAGCCUGUCAUGGAAUGAGCUGGUGUUCUUAAUGUUUUGUACACUCUGUGUGUGUGUGUUUUAAUAGCCAGAUCUAUAAAUAUAUUGAUAUUUAUUGAUCUGGCCAUGGACCCCAUGCAGUACCUCCGAUAGGGAAUAGGGUGCCAUUUGGACUACAGAUCUCCUUCCUCAUACCUUCUACCUUAACGCUAUCAAUGUCAAGACAAGUUAUUAAAUACAUACAAAAGUUGCACUAAUGCACAGUUGACAAAACACAGUCAUAUUUGGUAUAAAAUUGUUUUAUUUUAGCUUUAUUUAAUUUCCGUUGAGCUGCUUCCAUAGACUAAUCGUGUCAUUUUGUCUGCCUCCUCAGUAUCCUGAUGGCAAUGGAGAGCGUGUGUCAUUUCAACUAGAUGGAUGUUCCUGAACGAACACACACCUCAAAUCAGCUUGCUGUGCCUCCAGACGGGAGGGUCUGAGACGACGAUGAGUCUUCUCUUUGCACUGACAAGGAAUCAAGUUUGACAAAGAAUCUCUUUCACUGCUAUAACACUUUCUGAAACGUUUGAUUUUUAAACUUAUUUUUUUUCCCGGUUUUAUUAAGACAUUUUUAAGAUGUGUUUUUAUGAUUAAUUGCACUAUAUCACUGUGAGCGUUUUUUGUUUUUUGAUGCGAAUAAUGUUUUACUGCUCUGAUUUUUGUAUGACGAAAAAUGAGAGAAUACUUGGGUUCACUUUUCUCCCUUGGGUGCAGUGGUGCCUGAUUUUAGUGGGUAUACUGUAAUUUUGGCAAAAAAUUGUCAAACGGCCCUCCCAGUGAAGGAAAGAAGCCCUGUGUGCAACUCUCUGAGAAACAGUGACAUACACUCUGAAUGAUCAAAUGUGAAUUUUUUUAAAUGGUGGUUUCCCGAAAAAAAAAAAAAGAAGAAAAAAAAGUCCAUUUGUAAACAUUUGCAUGUAGGCCGUGUGCACAUUACAACACCUAAAAUGUAAAGAAAUAAUAUAUGAAACGUUCCAUCAGCCUUAAUGAAUUGAUACGGCGUAUACCUACACUACUUUGAUAAGCAUCGUGGGGAUUAAGAAGUGGGUAUAAGCAGGUAUGCCCACUGAAACCCAUGAACACCCUCCACUACUGCUUGGGUAUUGGCUCUGCUAGAUGUCACCAUGGGCCCGUUUAUCACAGCUGUGUGACUGUGAGUGACGGUGUAGGGUGACGUUGCCCCCUAGAUGCUGAGCAUGGGUCAGUUUUGCGUUUUUUUUUUUU